UAAGCUUUUCAACGAACAUGGGUCAAGCGCAUUCUUGAGUCAAAAACGGUUCAACGAAAGUGAAGACGAUUUUUUUUGUCUGUUUUUGUCGAGUUGCGGAAAUUAAAGGUGCACAGAGUUAGGUUAUUCGUUAUUAAGGACCAUCAAAUUACUUCCUAAGAGGUUUAUUUCAGACCAAUCUCCCUGAGGAGGAGAAGACUUGCUCAUAGACCUCACUAACAUGUCCGUUCAAGUUGUUUCUUCAUUUCCUUCAGGUUACCAAUCCCCAAACCAGCCCCCACACCCCAUACUCCAGGAGGGUGGCUACUCCAUGCCCCCCUACCCCAUAGGAGGCUAUGGAGACCCAGGACAGGCCCCACCUCCUGUAGGAUUCAAUAUGGGUUACCAGCAGGGCCCAAAUCAGCCGGUUAUGUACCAGCCAGGCCCAGUUAGCCCACCGCAGCAUCCGGGUCAGGUGUCCAUAUCUACCUAUGGAGGUGGUGCGCCGUACUCUUCUGAUCCAGCUACAGCAACCUUAGUACCAGCUCCUGUAUCCGUACCUGUGGGCGUUCCCCCGGGCCUGGAGUAUUUAACACAGAUUGACCAGGUCCUGAUUCACCAGAAAGUGGAGUUGCUGGAGGUGUUCACUAGCUUUGAGACAAACAACAAUUAUGAGAUCAAGAACACCCUGGGCCAGAAGAUCUACAAGGCUAAGGAGAAGAACGACUGCUGCACACGAAACUGCUGUGGCUCGCUGAGGAGCUUCGAUAUGAAGAUCAAAGAUAACACGGACCGCGAAGUCAUUCGACUGAUCCGACCUUUUCGCUGUGCCACCUGUUGGUGCCCCUGCUGCCUCCAAGAGAUGGAAGUGCAAGCACCCCCAGGCACCACCAUAGGCUACGUGUCUCAAGACUGGCACCCCAUUUACCCAAAAUUCUCCAUCCAGGGUCCUAACAAAGAGACUCUGAUGAAACUGGAGGGCCCUUGCUUAGCCUGCAACUGCUGUGGGGAUGUCAACUUUGAGCUCAAAGGCAACAGUGGAGGAAAACGUAUCGGCCGAAUUAGUAAGCAGUGGAAUGGCCUGUUGAAGGAGGUCUUCACUGAUGCAGACAACUUUGGCAUCCAGUUCCCUAUGGACUUGGAUGUGAAGAUGAAGGCUGUGCUAAUGGGAGCUUGCUUCCUUAUUGAUUUCAUGUUCUUUGAAAAAGUUGGAGACUCCAACCAACGUAACACUGUUUUCUCAUAAGGAAUGAGAAGGCAUUCUUCAAAAUGUCUUAGUCUAUAGAUAUGCUUCUUUGGACUUGUUUUAGAUAACAACAUUUUCUGACAGUCUCCAGUAUGUUGAGGUAACUCCUACCCAUUUAACAAUACACUCCUGAAAGCUCGCCGAGCUCAUAAGUUCCACUCCUUCAAGUAACUGGAAUUCUUCUCCUUUCACUGUGUCUGUUUUAAGACCUGACCAAAAUCUAGAAACCAAAGCCUUGGACAAAAGCUGAGUGACUAAACCAGUUUUUCCAGUUGCUAUGUAAAUACUGACUACACACAGUCUUUUAAACCACAAGCUAUUGUAUUUACCCUCAUUGCUGAUAGUACUAUAUUGCAUUAGUCCCAUGUAGCUUGGUGUCCUGUUAAUAAUUGAUGUGAUCUAUUUGUAUAGUGUUACAUAAAUCAGGUUAGGAAUGGUUUAUAAGAUGUUUGAUUUAAUUCCAAUGCCAUUUAUUACAUGGGUGUUUUCAAUACCUCCCAAGCUGAAUAGAAGCAACAUAUUUUGUAUGAUUUGUUUGAUAUAAAGUUACCUGUGCAACUUUUUCCUCUAUCAAGAAUUCUAUUCAGAUUUUAUUACAAUUUUAAAAUAUUUCAAUUGUAAACAACUAGAAAAAUCUUUUUUGUUACUUACUUUGUGUAAGUAAUUUUUUGUUUAUUGAUAUGUCAAUAAGUGAGAUCACCAAUGUAUGCCUAUGGAUUGAUAGUUGGGAGUAUGUGGAGGGGGAUCAGUAAUUCUUUACUUUGUGUGGUGGUGGAAAUCCCUAUGGUGGAUGACAGCAUGCAUGAAGAACUUGUUCCAGGGUGUGGGGAAGAAGCAUAACUCCCCAGAUUUUCAAAACAUAUGGCUGUAUUUAUUAUAAUGGGUAACACGUUGCUUUUGAAAGUGACGCAGCAUUGUGUGGCUUACUAAUGUAAAUUGGUAGAAGUUUAUUCUAUUCCCAUGGAUGAACUAAAUGUGUACCAACAGCUAGAGUCUAGUAUGUUUAAAGUAUUUGACAUGUAACCAUGCUUAAUGAAAAUAUUUCCAUACACUCACACACUAAAAUAGUAACAAAUUGUGAAUUCUCAUUUUACAUCUUGGUCGAGUUUAAUCUGUGUAAAGAAAAUGAAUCAUUACAUUGGUAAAUUUAGAUUAGAAACAAGCAGUAUGUGAUGAAUAUGAAUAAAUACAUACAUGUAAGUGUG